UGUUCAAAAUUAAUGCAAGAUUUGAAUUAAAUAUAAAAGAGAGUUUUUAAUCUUCAGAUAUUUAUUUUUUAAGUGAAUCAUAAAGUACAUAGGAUAGGAUUAUUUAUGGAAUAACACAUCGGGCAAAUGACUUCCAUGGCUUUGCUGGCACCCUUUCGUCAAAAUUUUUCAUAAUCUUUUUUACAUAAUUGUGGCAGAAUUUCUUUGAUGCAGCGUUUAAUUUCCUCUUGUAAUGCAUAAUGUGGGAUUGUUGAUAGACUUUUGACUUCAAAUAAUCCCAUAAGAAGAAAUCUAAUGGUGUUAAAUCACAUGAUCUAGGGGCUAAUUCUGAUCACCGAAACGAGAGAGUACACGACCAGGAAAUGUCUCAUGCAAUAAUUGAAUUGUUUCAUUGGCUAUAUGGCAUAUAGCACCGUCUUAUUGAAACCAUAAAUUGGCCAUAUCGAUAUCAUCCAAUUUCGGCAGAAAGAAUUGUAUUAUUAUGUCGCAAUAUCGAGUAUCAUUAACAGUUGCUGCUUGACCAACCUCAUUCUUAAAAAAGUAUGAUCCGAUUAUGCCUCCUGUCCAAAAUCCGCACCAAAUAGUGACGUUGUGGAUGCAUUUGUUUUUCGCUAAUUACACGUGGGUUCUCCGAACACGGCAAUUUUGGUGAUUAACAAAGCCAUCGAGGUGAAAAUGUGUGUGAAUAUUUUGUAUAAAAUUUUCGAACUGCGGUCGCCAAACUUUCAUUAUUUUCAAAAUAUUGUUCAAUAAUGAAAACAUGUUAUUGCAUCGUAUAACACUCCAUUUUCAUUAAUCCUAAACUCUCAGCUGUCAAAUUGUUUUUUUUUUUUCAGAAUUGCCAACAACUUAAUGCAAAAAUGGCAAUAAAUUCAAAUCUUGCGUUAAUUUUGAUACACCCUAUAUGUGAAUAUAUUGUACGAUAAAAAUUAAUACGGGAUAAAUUUUAAUGUUAUGAAAUUUAAUGUUAAAUCUAAAUUAUUUUAUACAUACAUGUUAAAUAAAUUAUUUUGAAUUUAUAAUAUUUAAAAUUAGCUAGAAUGAUAAUAUGGUCUUAAUAUCUCAGAUGAUCUUUAUAACUAUGGCAAAAUAAGUAUUAUUUUACUUAAAAGGAAAUACUACAAACAUAUGCAGAACAGUCUUUGGGAAAAUAAAAAAUUUGUCAAUGGCAUAACCUUCGGAUUUAUUCUAGGCAGCUUUCUCUGAUCCAGGAUUCCACUCAAUUAGGAAGUUAGUCCUCAACGUUAUUGGAUACUUGUAUAUCCCCACUUGAAGAUCCGCAAGCUCACGACUGGAACAUAGCGGGGAUUUCAGAGGAUACCCAUUUGGGGGAAAACCCUUAAAAGCUUGCCAGAAUCAUAAGAUCUUCAGAAUACAAAAACAGAGCAAUUAUAACAACGUCAAGAACCACAAUUCCUUGAAGUUCGAAGGUCUAGUGAUAGUGAAUCAUCAUCGGUAUAUAGAUUUUUCUCUUGAUCAUUUAGUGAAUCGAACUUAUCAACUGUCAGCAUUUGGACUUUGCCUCUGAUCUAGUGCAUCGAACUUAAUAAAAACGGAUUUCAUAAUAAUUAUUACUAUAUUUCAUAGCUCCAGAAACAAGUUGGAGCUAACACACAUAACAUUUUAUUUAAAUCCAUAGACUAAUUGACAUCAAAAAUAAAAAAAAUAUUUUUUUCUUAAUUUUUAAAUUAAUAAAUAGCAAAAAAAUAUAUCAAAAUGAAAAAUCUAUCUUAUACUGAAAUAGUUACCACACCUAAUUAUUCGUAUAUUUUUAAUUUCGAAAAAAAUUUCCUUCAUACGAAAAACAGAAUAUGGAUGCAAAAUAACUUAACCAGUAGUUAUUAUUAUUGUAUUAUUUAUAUUAUCAUAAUAUUUAAUGGGAAGUAUUACAUGGCAAAGAGACCAAGAUUUAAUCUCAGAGGACCACUUAUAUUAUGGAGUUCAUUACUUUCAUUGUUUUCCAUUAUUGGAGUAUUUAGAACAUUACCAGAAAUGAUUCAUAUAUUAACACAUCACGGUUUUUAUCAUAGUGUUUGUAUACCUAGCUUUAUUGAACAGGACGUAGUAUGUGGUUUUUGGUCAUGGAUGUUUGCUCUAUCAAAACUUUUGGAAUUUGGCGACACAAUAUUUAUAGUAUUACGAAAACAAGAAUUAAUUUUCCUACACUGGUAUCAUCACAUAACAGUUCUUCUUUAUUCAUGGUUCUCAUAUUCAGAACAUACUGCAUCUGCGAGGUGGUUUAUGGUGUUAAAUUAUUUUGUGCAUUCCAUAAUGUAUGGUUAUUAUGCUCUGAAAGCAAUGAGAUACAAAAUACCAAAAUUUAUUUCAAUAUCAAUUACUAUUCUACAAAUAAUACAAAUGAUUAUAGCUUCCAUUAUAAAUAUUGCCGUUUAUCAAUAUUUGAAAAACCAGAAAGAAUGUAACGUCUCGCAUAAAAACAUUAUAUUUAGUUUGUUUAUAUAUAUUACCUAUUUUAUUCUCUUUUGUAAAUUCUUUUACGAAUCUUACAUUAAGAGCCAUAAAUUUAAAGAAAAAAUUACAAACGAAAGAGAGAAUUAUAACAAGUUCAAAACUAAUUAACAAUACAAAAAACAUACCAAAUUUUUGGUAUCUUUUAAAAAUCUUUUAAAAAUGAAAUUGCAUUUUUGAAA